AUUUCUUGGUUUAUACUGUUCCAGUUUCUUCAUACCUUCGUUUCCACUCCCUAAUUCCUACGAAUUGUACAUUAAUAUCCACGAAGACGUAGUGUUCUUAUUUAUUAUAUUCCAAUAUGAGAUUAUCUACCGUUGCAGCAGCGCUUUUCACUGCCACCACUUUGGUGUCAGCCCAACCACAAAUCGAUCAAGUAUUUGAACCGGAAGUAGGCAACUACGAAAGAGAGCUUACCGUCGUCCAAGCCCUCAAGCUUGAAGAGAGGUCUGCCAUAGGUGACGUUGUUGACGACUUAUUGAACAGUAUCAACUUCUCGAAGAUUGUCAGCUCUAUUGAUUUCGAGAGUAUCUCGGGCUGGGCCAACAACUUGUUAACUGAAAAUGACAAUGUUAAGUACCUUGACGACAUCUUGAUAGGCUUGAAAGACACUGGUCUUCUCCCAGAGGCCGUUGUUUUCUUAGUUACUAACAACUUUACGAGAAACAUUGUUGGAGAAGUUGUUGUUGAUGCCUUGCCACUUGUUCUUGAACUCAACAUCACACCAGUUCUCGUUGCUUUGGACAGAUCUGGCUUGUUAUACGGCAUUAUUUCAGGUGUCAUUGAAGACCCAGACACUCUUCCAUCUAUUGUUGACAUUGCUAAAAAGUUCCUCGCAACUGGAACUGUCACCUGGAGUGAAGUGUGGAACAUUCUUGAAGCCGCAAUUGGUAAGUUGUUUGGUUCCUCAUCGUCGUCUAAGACUACUGCUCCUGCUGCUGCAGUUGUACCAUCUGCUACAACCAAAGCUGCUGUUACUAAAGCUACUACUGCCGCUACUCAAGCAACAGCCAAUGUUGGUACAGUAUCUGGUUUGGACGUUGUAGCCAGCCUUGCAACUGUCAUCUAUCCAAACGGAGCCCCAUCAGCAGCUGCUAGUGUGAACACAGCUGCUACUGUUAGCUCUGGUACUAAUGAUGCUACCAUUUCUUACUUGGAAUCUAUCUACGGCGGCAGUGGUUCUUCUGCUAAGAGAGAAUACAUUAAGAAUGCCAGAAGACAAUUCUAUGAAAAGGCCAACACUCUUGUCAACCACCCUCGUGACAAUGUAUACGAAGUAUUGGCCAGAAGAGACAAUGUUGAAGACUUGUUGACCACUGUGUUUGCAUCAGUUCAAAGAUCUGGUUUAGUUACUGAACUCGUACACCAACUUCUUACUGACGACCGUUUCCAAGAUGUCGUUGUCCUUUUGCUUGAAGGUGUAUUCAACAAUCUUGCUGACACUAUCACGAAUCUUGAUGUUGGCCAAACCAUUGAGACUCUUAAGCCUCUUGUAGACUCAUUAUACAACUCCGGUGUAUUGGGUAACCUCUUAGAAGAAGCUCUUAGUGACUCGAACCUAAAGACUGCAUUGUUCAACGACGUCAAGGAUGUUUUGGCUGCUGUUUUCGGAGGCUUGUUUGGUGGAUCAUCUACUACUUCUCCUGUAGCUGUUGCUCCUGUUUCUUCUGCUCUGCCUGCUACUGGUUCCGGAACCACGGCUGCUGGCACCACAGCUGCAGGCACCACAGCUGCUCAAACAACUGCUAAACCUGUCACUACUGGUACCGGCAUUACCAGCACUUCUGCAUUCUUAGCUCAAAUUGACUCUCUUAUCAAUGAUGUUGCUACGACUCUUCAGACUUCGACCACCGGUGUUGUCAAUGCUGAUGUAAUCAAGGCUGUUUCUUCCAACGACACUGUCAAGACUAAUGUUACAACCACAUCUACGGCUACUGGAUCUUCAGGUGCUCAAGGUCUUGUUGCAUCGUCAGGCUCCAAAGUGUGGUCUGCCAUUCUUGGAGCAGGUAUGGUGUCAUUCAUGCUCAUUUAAUCUCUCUAGAUAAUCCUUAAUUUAUACCUGAGGGAUUUUGCACCCAAAAUCACUCGUUAAAAUUUCUUCUCGUUAUAGUUUCUUUUGAUAAUUUCACAUAUUUAUGGAAAAA